UACUCAAUUACUGGACCCAUAUAAAAGCCUACCACGAAUCUCACUCUACCAACAGUAUUAACAAUCGCAUCAAGCUAUACUCAAGCUUCAUCAUGAAACUCUUAUUCUUGACACUCUUCCUCGUCCUGGCCUUCGCCACCUUCGCCGUCAUGGCCGACGACUUCCAGGAUCCAGAACAACUUCUCAACAACGCUGAGGGAGCUGGGGCCAACAGACCAUUCAACCUGCAGGGUGCCAGUGGCCAGAGGAGGGCCCAUGGAAUUUACUUCAACGGAUAGAUUAUUCAACUAGAUUCUCUCGUGAUUUUCCGAAUUGGUGUAUCUGAAUAAAAAUUGAUUUCUUUUGAGCAGCAUUAAAAAACUGUGGUUUUACUUAAAAUAGAAAUAGAUUCAUGGGCAGCAGGUUGAAGAUGAAGGAAAAAAUUUAGCAUAUCACAUGAUAAAUAAUUGUCCAAUGUUCCAAACUUUGCUGAAUAAAUUUCUCCCAGGACAGGCGAAAGCACAGGAAAAAUGAGGAAAUUUCAAAAAUUAUAUAAAUGUUGUAUGGUAGGAUUUUAAUUUAAAAAUUAAGUAAUUCAAUCUGGUGUUUCUCUUGAUUUUAAGCAUUUUGGACGAUCGAUAUAUCGUUGAUAAGCCUUGUCCCAUUUAGUAUUCAUUGUCGGUGGUAUGAGACAAGUUAGCUGUGCAUAAAAACGUGGUUAUGCAAUAGUUUGUUAAUACUUCAAUUUCAAGCUCCGCGUGAGAUUCCCAGUUUUUUUAACUGGGAAUUUAUUUUUGUGUGAAAAGAAAAUUAAUAAGAAAAUUAGCAACCACAGCAGCGCAAAUAAUUUUCAUGUUUCCAUCCGACAAAAUUAUUUCAUACCAAGAAUAUUUUCCAAAUCUACAAUAUUUGGAAAUUGACAGAUUUUGGAGAACCUUCCGAUCGACCUUCCGAUUAAUUUUAGGAAUAUGUUGCUCAUACAUUUCUUACGGAAUAUUUACAUGCGUAAAGAUAAGACAGAUGGAAUUCAAUGCAAACAAGGAAGGAAUGCAAGUUGGGGGAAGAUAUUUGUAGACAAAUUUCAGCAUGCCUUUCCCAAUGCAAGUCUAAUUCUGAUGGAAAAAUUGGUUGCAUGGAUAGGUCAUGAGAGUAAUUUAAUUUAAGCAUUGAUAAUUAGUGCAUAUUUUAAGAGAAUUAAUUUUUGUCGAUAGCAAAUAAAAGAAGCAUGUAAUUCAAUAAGUACGUUAUUUAUUUGCAAAAUAGUGAAAAAUGGAAGCUAUGAAAUUCUGACCGUCUUGAAUUUAGUUCAGACGACAAGAUGAGACACGGUCAGACUUGCCAAAUCUUGAAUGUUUCCUGUGGCAAUAAGAAGUGCGUAGGUGGGAAUGGGAGCAACUGAGCAAGCAGCCACCAACCAACAAUCCAGCCAGCAUUUUUGAGCCCACAGUUAUUUUAUUCGAUUGAAUGAACUGAGAAUUGAUAAUUGUUUUAUCGGUCUCGGUGUGAAUAAGUCACCCUAAUCUUACUACAUACUUUCAUCACUUGAAACUUUGUCAAAAUGCUGGUGAAGCAUUUGCGGAAGGAAUUUUACGAACUUCUCUUCGGAAAGAGAGUCCUCAUCAUUGCCAAUUCCGACAUUGAUUCCGUCUGUACUGUCAAAAUAUUUACGGAAUUGCUGAAAAUUGAUGGAAUAUCGUUCUCCUUGUGUCCUGUGGAUGGAAUUACUGACAUGAAACAGGCAUAUUCUGAUUAUUGUGAGACGGUGAAUGUCUUUGUCCUCAUCAACUGCGGCAUUUCUCUGGAUAUUCGAGAUUUCUUUGACAACCUGAACAAUAAACUCGUCUUCGUUUUGGAUUGUCAUCGCCCAGUGCAUGUCAACAACUUUUAUGAUGAAACCAAUCAGAUUCGCAUCCUGUCGCUGGACGGUAAUUUUGACGAAGUGCCUAAUUUUGAUGAUCUGUUUUGGUCGGGUGAGGCCCUCGACUCCGAUGAUGAUGGUAACGACGAUGAUUCUGAUAUCUUGGAUAAUGGCGAAAGCGACGAUGAAGAUGGAAGUCGUGGAAGAAAUCCAAAGCGUCGUCGCAAUGAACAUGACAAAGAGCGAAGGCAGAUGAUAUGGAAGCAGAAGAGGAACGAAUUGUUGUUUAAAUACACACAAUUUGGCUACUAUGCUCCCCCGUCAUCCCUGGUUGCACUCGAGCUGUCGUGGGCAAUUUCUCGAGGCGAUAUUCAAUACGUGUGGUGGACCACGGUUGCCUUAACCGAUGCCUUUCUUCUGGAGAAACUUCCACGAUCUGAGUACGUGCAGAAAUCUACCGAACUUAGUUUGCACAUUGCACGAGAAGCAAGUUCAACGGAGACACCGAGGGAUUGUCUGAAAGUCAACUUCGAAAAAGACUUGUGCUUCUUACUGUAUCGCCACUGGAAUUUGUACGAUAGUAUCAAAAUGACGCCACACUCGGCGUGUAUGUUAAAGUCAUGGGGUAUGAAAGGAGAAGGAAGGUUUCACGAGAUGUUGGGAGAGUUGGGACUUCCACAACUUGAGUGCCAUCAAAAGUAUACAUCAAUGGACGUUCGACUGCGGAAAAAGGUCAAGAAUGUAUUCAAUGAACCAGUUCUCCGAGAAAAGUACAAUUUCCAAGACGUUACUGUGGGCACGUUCAUCUCAGAGAUUGGUUUUCGACCAGCGCUCAGUGCAUUUGAUUGUCAGCUGGCAUGUCUUUCCUUGUUGGAAAAUCCAGUGUUGUAUGGGAGUGGAAAUGUGGUGGACAAUUUUUUGGAUUCACUGGCAGCCUUGUCAAAGAAGAAGUUUGAUACGCUGGAUCGUGGUAUUGGAUUGGCUAAAACGCAAAUGACUGCAAUGUACAACCAAGUUAAGGAAUUUCUCAGCAUGAACCUGAUCUUACCUCGGGGUGGAUUUUUAUAUGUUCAAAUGCCAGAGGGAUCGCCAAACGUGUGCUACUUUCGAAACACUAGUUCCCUUCUUUUUCUCGCCCAGUUUACCCAGCGUGCUGCUGUUGCCAGUGCAAGAAAUAGACGCUGGUCGACAUUACCACUUGUACUGUGUGUGCCACAUUUUGGAGGAUAUUGGACAUUCGUGGGGAUAAAACCUUUGAGUUUGGAGUUGCCAAAAAAUCUAUUCGGAAAGUUGUUUGAAACGUUGGCCAAGAAAAUGGCGACCGGCGCAGUUCUCAUGGAUUUUGUGGACCCACAUUUCGUGCUAGUACAUGGAGAACACAAGGACAAAUUCGUCCAAUUGUUGGAAGCUUGCAUGGUUUGAGAAGAUGAUCACAAAAAGUAAAGCAUUGACCAAAUUCGUAUUGUACUUUGGCUUUCAUGUUGAUGUGUGUAUUUAUUUAUUGUUAGACAAUUACAUUACUUGAUUGCUAAUUAAUUCUUUAAUAUUAAUUACUAAAGAGCAUU